AUGACAUUUCAUGAAAGUCAUGCACUUGCGUCCAUCUCAUUAACUCAUGUCUAUUUCAAUCCACAAGACAAGAUAUCAUAUGCAUUAGCUUACAUUACACUUGCACCCAUCGCUAUUCUUGUGUUUUAUGCAUCCGUCAUUGUGUCAAGACGCGAAGUGGCUGGUAUUCUAAUGCUAUCAGGGCAACUUGCUAAUGAAGCCCUUAAUUACAUCUUGAAAGAAUGGAUUGAACAAGAAAGACCUCAUGCUCACUUGGGUGAUGGUUAUGGUAUGCCUUCAAGUCACUCACAGUUUAUUUGUAUCUAUUUAGGUUAUCAUACACUAAGUCAAGUAUGGAUUGGAUCCAGUAUUGGUAUUGUAUUUGGCAUACUCUGGUAUUCAGUUGUCAAUGUACUUCAUUCUAUGGGGCUCAUUGAACGUCUGCUGAACACCUAUGUGGCAAGAAAGUUGUAUUUAAGGGAUAUGGGAUUCAUUCAAAAUGUAGCACAAUGGGAAUAUCAGCAAUGGCUGCAACUAAGAAGCACAAACAAACACAAACAGCACUGA